CCUUUCACACAUACAGAAGUUUCCGGAAAAUUACCGGUAAAUUGUCAUAAAGAGAUCAUGUGUGAACACAAUCUUUUCAAAAAUACCGGUAAAUUCGUUCAGGCAAUUUAACGGUGUGAGAAGUUGUAACAUUACCAGUACAUUUCCGGAAUUCUGCUGUGUGUGAACGCAGAAGGAAAAUUACCGGUAUAAGCACGUACGCGUUCAGAACGUGGUGACGUAUGACGCCUAUUCAGGGCCAACCAUAACAAUCAGACGCAGGAGGUGACGCAUUCACUCCGCAUUUGUUUACCAAAAUAAAAGAAAUGUCAUCCAACUGGAGUGACAGUGAAAUUAAAGCGCUUCUCUUUAUCCGUGCGGAUGAAGAAAUUUGUCGUAAUCUUAGAGGAACUGUUAGUGAUGCAGUAACAUAUGAUAAAAUUACUAACCGUCUCCGUGAGCAAGGCAUCCACAGGACAAAAAGUCAGGUCAUCAGUAAAUUGAAAACAUUACGCCUUAAAUAUAUGAAAAUUAACGAUCAUCAUAAACAAAGUGGCAAUGGAAGAAUAACUUGGAUGUAUCAUGAGCUUUGUCAAUCCAUUUGGGGAUCCAGUCAUUCCGCAAAUCCCGUUGCUCUGACUGGUAGUUUGAAUUUUGAGGGACCCCAAUCUGGCGUUGCUAAGGACGCGUGUGAUGGCAGCACGUCAAGUCAGUCAGUCGACACAGAGGCACCAACUUGUAAUGCAGAACUAACUGAUGAGGUUACAGGUUUCACUCAGCCACCAAGGAAGAAGUCAAAAAAAAACAAAGAUCACAUGAUUGACUCCAUAGCUACAGUGCUACAAACUAUGGAAACAACAUUCAGAGAGCAAGAAGCACUCCGUAUACAGGAGCAAAGAGAGUAUGAAGAAAGGUUGCACAAAGAGGCAAAGGAAGAGCAGAAGGAGGAAAGGGCAAGCAUGAUGGCGAUGUGGAAGGAAAUGAUGGAGUUCCAAGGAAACCUCUUAAAGGACAUUAUGACGCGCCCACCCCCAACAACGUCUCUUCCUCUGAAUCCACAUUACCAACAACAUAAUCAUCACAGCCAACACUUCUCUUUUCCAAGCCCUAGCACUAGCUACAUGGCACCAUACCGCCCACCAGAUCAAGAUGCAGAGGCCUCACUCCAUCCUCAAUUCAAGUCUUCGUUCUUAGAAGAUCUGCAAGACUAGACUAAAAUAAAAUAAAACAGUUCACUUCAAAUUUUAGAAAAAAUAUGCUUUAAUUGUACAUGUUAGGAAUUACAAGUGUUAGUGUUCCUGGUGUUUUUGCAAACCAAGUGUAUUCUGUGCACUACGAUAAGUAUUUGUUCAUAUUAAUAAGUAUACAUGUUAAUAUUUUGUUUUGAUAAUAUUUAAAUGUAUUUAUAUAUAUGAAUUUGUGUUAAUUGUAUGAUUUUUUUAAACAAUAAUACAUUAAUAAAAUGUUAAAAUGUUAUGUUUUAUGCCUUGACCCUAGUUAAUACAAUUUUAAGGCAAAAAUAAACUGUCCCCUUAAGAAA